GUCAUAAAAUUAAAAAAUAAAUCUUGUAUUAGUUUGACUACAACUUAUUUGUAUGGUUUUUAAAUUUAAUAAAAGCAAUUGAAGAAAAGGUUACAAAAGCAUCGCUAACAUAUUGCUUUAUUUAUUUAUGCUAUACUUUCGUAGUGUAAUUUUCACAAUAUGCUACAAUAACCAUAGCGUACUGAAGCAGUUUUGAGAAUAAAUAUAACCUCAAAACCAAAAGAAAUUAUUUUAAAAUACACAAUAAAAUUAGAUAAUGAUGUAAAGGUAAGUUACAUAUUUAUGCGGUUUAAAAUGGAUUCAAAAUACGCAGUUCUUGGCAAAGAAAAUAAUAAAAGAAAUUCAAAUGGAAUCAAAGUUAAACGUAUAAAGUUGUGCGUAGAAAAUUCAUCAAAACUAAAUGGGAACCACGUUGCCACCCAACAAGUUGCGGAUCAACACGAUACAAAGGAGACAUUUAUUGAAGACUUGAGAGAAACGCGAAAGUUAUUACCUGUGUAUGCUGUAAGAAAUAGGUUAUUAGAAGAAAUAAAAAAAAACAACACAAUGAUACUUAUUGGAGAAACGGGCAGUGGAAAAACUACACAAGUUCCACAACUUAUACAUGAACAACGUCUUGAAGGAUCAGCUUCUAUAGCAGUAACACAGCCAAGGAGAGUUGCCGCUAUAACAUUGGCCAUGCGUGUUGCAGCAGAAAUGAAUACUGAAAUAGGAUCAGUUGUUGGGUAUUGUGUUAGGUUUGAAGAUGCAACCAGUGUAAGGACCAAAGUAAAAUAUUUAACGGAUGGCAUGAUGCUAAGGGAGGCAGUGGCUGACCCAUUAUUGAAAAGGUACUCAUUUAUAAUAUUGGAUGAGGCACAUGAACGUACUGUAAAUACUGAUGUCCUAUUUGGAAUUGUUAAAUUAGCUCAAAAAGAAAGAAAUGAAAAGAAACUUCUACCUUUGAAGGUGAUAAUAAUGUCGGCAACAAUGGAUGUAGAUUCAUUCAAGAAGUAUUAUGAUGAAUGUCCAGUUAUUUAUUUGGAAGGUAGAGCGCAUCCAGUAACUAUAUAUCAUACUAAAAUGAAACAUGAAGAUUAUCAGUAUGCAGCCUUAUGUACAAUAUUCCAACUUCAUGCAACUUCACCAGCUAACCAUGAUUUUCUUGUAUUCUUGACUGGUCAAGAAGAGAUUGAAACUGUGAUGAGCAAUAUUAAACAAAUUGCCAAGGAAUCACCAGGACCACUAAUAAGGGUGUGUCCCUUGUAUGCCGGUCUUCCAGCUGCUAAGCAAUUACAAGUAUGGAAAAAAACUCCACCUGGAAUGAGAAAAAUUGUGCUGGCAACUAAUAUUGCUGAGGCCUCUGUUACUAUACCACAAAUAAAAUGUGUCAUUGACACUGGAUUUGUGAAGGAAAGAACUUGGUGUACGUCAACGGGUGCGGAGCGGUUGCGGGUGGGACCGUGCUCGCAGGCGGCGGCGUGGCAACGGGCGGGGCGCGCCGGACGCACCGCUCGGGGCGCCGCCUACCGCCUCUACACGGAAAUGGACUUCGGAGCUAGAAAACCACACAACACUCCAGAGAUAGUGAGAUGCCCCCUCGCUUCGACUAUAUUAUUGCUAAUCGCAUCAGGAUUUGAUCCUCUUACAUUUCCAUUAAUUGAUCCACCACCUGAAGAAUCUGUGAAAGCAUCUUUAUUGUUACUGAAGGAAUUAGGUGCAAUUGAUAACGAAACAAAUCCAAAGUUGACUGUUCUCGGCAAAAAAAUGACAGCAUUCCCUAUUGAUCCAAAAUAUUCUAAGAUUUUAUUAAGUGCUCCAGAAUAUGACUGUUUAGAUGAGGCAUUAAGUUUGGUGGCAGUUUUAUCAAGUGAAAAUGUGUUUCACAUGCCAAUUCAUAAGAGGGAAGAAGCAUUGAAAGUAAAGCAAAAAUUUGUAUCAACAUUAGGAGAUCAUAUUACGCUAUUAAACGUUUUUAAAGCAUUUUGUAAAGCACCUCUUAAAAAGCAAUGGUGUAAGGAGAACUAUCUAAAUCAUAAAAAUUUAAUCUAUGCAUAUGAUGUGAGGCAACAACUACUAGCUAUUUGUCAAAGACUUAACAUGACGGUGACAAGUUGUGGGAUGGCGUUAGAUCAGUUAUUGAAAUGCCUACUGAGCGGUUUAUUUACGAACUGCGCGUGGUUGCGCAGCGGGGUAGGUGUGGGCGGGGCGAAGUACGCGACGGGGUCCGGCGCGGCGGCGGGGCUGCACCCUGCGGGCGUGCUGCACACCGUGCGACCCGCGCCGCCCGCACUGCUCUACACCGAGCUGCUGCACACGCGCCGCGCCUACCUCGUCACUGUGUCUGUUAUACAACCGCAGUGGCUGCACCAGGUCGCGCCCGACUACGCGAGGCGUUGCAGGGCUAGCCGAACUUGUCCUACAGAUGGUUGAUUACCAGUGCAAAUUAAAAAAAAAAACUUUACAGCCAUAUAGGGUUUUGAUUAACUUCACAGAUUUGCCAAGAAGUGGAUGACUUUUUCAUUCAAAUGUUGUGUUUUGGUUCCUUUCUGUUACUCAUUAUAUGAGAGUGGGAUCCUUUGUAAAUUGAUCAAAUGUUGUAAAAAGUUAAGCUUUAUCAAUAUGCUAACAUAGGUCUUAUUCUAUUGUAAAUAAUAACUACUAUGGUUUUGCACAACGUGGAAGUAUGUAUUUACCAUUGUGACUUGGCAGCCGUUUAACUUGACCGAUUUUGACGACCGAAUUGAAUGCUUUCUAAUAAUUUAAUUUGUACCACAUACAGUAAAACCGUUGAUUUUUUUCAGUUAAAUUUUUUACUUUAUACAAGUUCUAGAAUGAACAUUGUAGAAUAUAAAAUAAGCCCAAUUAUAUUUGUAUAACAAAUAAGUGUAAAGUGUAUAAACACCGAAAUUCCAUGUGAAACGAAUUUAUAGCCCUCGAUUCAACAGGGUUAUUUAGUUCGUGGUUUAAUAUAAGUCGUAGUUUUAUUAUUUGUUAUAAUAUAUGAACAAGUUUUUUUUAUGCAUGAUUAAUAAAAACGUUUGCUGUAUCCUGUUAUACGCUUAUUUCAUAUUCGAAGUUUCAAAUUUUAAAUUGUCAUAUUUUUAGAAACAUGAGUUAUAAAAAUCCAAUUCAUUUAUAGAAUGACGAAUUAAAAAUUUGUGCUUAAAAAUCGACAAAUUAGUAAAUCUAAAAUCAAGUUUUCAAAGACAAUAAAGAAAACAACGAAGUACUUUAUAUUAAUUAAUAUUUGGUGGCUGUAGUUAUCAAUGUUUCAAGGCAAUACAAGAAUUUUGAAGGACUUGUAUCGGCGGAUCCCGUUCAAGACUUUCUCCACCCUACUACUCAAUUUAAAAAAAAAACUUGAAAAUUUUACUAAGGUUAUAUUGUAGUCACCUAGUUAUGAUAAUCAAGCCCCUAAUUCCAAACUUUGAUCCGCCAUUGCUAAUACUUUACAAAAAUUGUACAUAUUCUAUGACAAAACAAAUACACUUGUAAUUUAUUAAACACUAACUAGUUUCUACGUUAUCCUCGCCAUAAUAAAAAGAGCAUAUUUUACACAUUAUGUUUUUGUA